CAAGAACCGAAGCCAGGCCCCCUCCCUCCGAUGCCCUAGCGCCCUCCCUCCCUCCCUCUUUCUCUCUCUUCGAUCCUCUCCCCUCCUCCUCCUCCGCCGCCGUCUCCGGCCGCGGGCAUGCUCCUCCUCCUUUCCCGCCCCGCCUCCGGUACCGUUCCCCGGCCCUCGCGCCGGGGCUGCUGAUUCGCGACUCUCUCUCUCGGUUGACCGGGGCCGCCGGUGCGCGCGGCUGGCCUAGGGAGGGUUCGUUUUUAUUUUUAUUUUUGGUUUGGUUGGGGUGAGAUGGAGCAAGCGGUGUUGGACGACAUCAUCGGCCGGCUCCUGGAGGUCCGCACCCGGCCCGGGAAGCAGGUCCAGCUGUCGGAGGCGGAGAUCCGGCAGCUCUGUACGACCUCGAAAGACGUCUUCAUGCAGCAGCCCAACCUGCUGGAUCUCGAGGCGCCGAUUAAGAUAUGCGGGGACAUUCAUGGACAAUAUUCAGACCUUUUAAGACUUUUUGAGUAUGGGGGAUUGCCUCCUCAUGCCAAUUACUUGUUUUUGGGGGACUAUGUGGAUAGAGGCAAGCAAAGUUUGGAGACAAUAUGUCUACUCCUUGCGUAUAAGAUUAAAUACCCGAAAACUUUUUUUCUCUUGAGAGGAAACCACGAAUGUGCUUCUAUAAAUCGGAUAUAUGGAUUUUAUGAUGAGUGUAAGAGAAGGUUCAAUGUCAGGUUGUGGAAGGUUUUCACAGAGUGCUUUAAUUGUCUGCCUGUGGCAGCCUUGAUAGAUGAGAAGAUUCUGUGCAUGCAUGGUGGUCUCUCACCUGACUUACACGAUUUAGACCAAAUUAGGAACUUGCAGCGUCCCACAGAUGUACCAGAUACUGGUUUGCUCUGUGAUCUUCUCUGGUCAGAUCCUAGCAAGGAUGUACAGGGCUGGGGAAUGAAUGACAGAGGAGUUUCAUAUACCUUUGGGGCGGACAAGGUGACAGAGUUUCUUCAGAAGCAUGAUCUGGAUCUUGUUUGCCGCGCUCAUCAGGUUGUGGAGGAUGGCUAUGAAUUCUUUGCUAACCGGCAACUAGUAACUAUAUUUUCGGCACCUAACUACUGUGGGGAGUUUGACAAUGCUGGUGCCAUGAUGAGUGUUGAUGAGACCCUGAUGUGCUCUUUCCAAAUACUAAAGCCUGCUGAUAAGAAGCCAAAAUUUAACUCUGGCGGCAUAACAAUGACUCCUGUUAAGCCUUUGAGUUCCUCCUCGGGUUCCAAUGCUUUUGGGAGCACGACAACAGCAAAGCCUGGAAAUCCCAACUGGCAUUAAGUCUUUCCAUGGUGCAAAAAGUAUGAUAAGUAGGUAGGUUGGUGGAGAAGCAUUGAAAGACCUGUACACACAGAGCAAGUCAGGAUUGCACAAGGAGGAAGCUCGAGAUCCUUUUAAUUUUGUCCAAAAUAUGCUGCAUUGUAAAGAAGUGGGAGGGGAAAAGAUAUUGUUUUCCUUGAUAUAAAGGGUUCGAAUUUUAGAAGGCCAUAACUCCUUUCGCCUCCUCUUUGUACACUAAUAGCUGCCUCAGUUGCUCAUAAUUAUUUGUGUUCCACUUCAAUAUCUCCGUCAUCUGUGACUGAGGCUGUGAAGAAUGUGAUUAUGUGUCUUCAACCUCACUUGAAGAACCUGCUUGGACUUCUAUCGUUUGAUAGUGUGGUUUGGUUUCUUUCUGAGUUGAGCUCUAAUUGUUUUUCCAUCACCCGUAGUAAACUCCAUGGGCUAGAAUAGUAUGUGCGUCACAGAAGGCAUGUUGGUGUUUGGUGUCAUCUGACCAAUGCGUCUGUCGCAAAGACAUUGUCCGCUCAUUGGUCUGCUUUCUUCUGUUGUUAAGUUGUCUAAACAGUAUGAAAUUUAUGAUGGUGCCCUUUUGUUGGGA